GUUUCAACAUCUUGUCAAUACUUGUGUCAUCUUAACAACAUACAGUCUCGAAGCUGUACAAGUACUCCACAUAUCGAAAGUCCCGAUUGCAGCAUAGUUUUGGUGUUUGCGUGGCCGCCGCCACCCUAUCUCCGAGCUCAAGAUGCCUUUGACUAUCUUAUCAGAUUCAGAUGUCCGCACUCUGCUUUCAAGUCUCACAAAAGAAGACAUCCUCGACCUGCAGCAAAGCUUGGCCGACGCUCUUCACUACUACUCUACUUCGACCGAAGAAGACCUUAACGGCUGCUGUUCCUUAUACCAACCACUGCGGACCGCCCUCAAACGCAGUGAUGGCCAAACCACCCUGUUCAUGCCCGCGAGCAGCAACGAUGGGAUCGGCGUAAAGAUUGUAACGCUAUCGGAGCCAGACACUAAAAAGUCUGAUGCUGCAUCGCUCCAGUCAUUUAGUUCUCUGUCCCUAGCCUCGACGACGGAAUCUACAACCUCGUCUACAACUGCCUUCGAUGUCCCGCCAGACUCAAUAGCAAGCGGCCAUAGCACAACACCAAAGGGCUCACUCACCCUCCUAGAUAAAUAUGGUACACCCCGUGCCCUCGUCAACGCCGAGGAAAUCACCGCCUUCCGCACCGCUCUCGCUUCAACCAUGCUGUUCAAGAAACGGACGAAUGUACACGAUGUCGUUGUCUUUGGCGCUGGCAAACAAGCUUAUUGGCAUAUACGUCUUGCGCUUCUGCUCCGCGGGCCAGAAAUACACCAUCUGAAUAUCAUAAACCGGACUUUUGAAUCCGCACACGAUUUAAUCGAGAGACUAUAUGAGCCGCUACAGCAACCCGUCGCAUUCCCCACCAUAAACAUUCCAAUAGCCGAAACCACCGAUCUUGUACGACCCAAGAUCCAGAUCCUGACGCCGAGCCACACGGAAUACGAACGCCUUCUGAAAUCCACGAUUCGCGCUUCCAGCAUUAUAUUCUGCACGACACCGUCGCUAUCCCCGCUGUUUCCCGCCUCUUAUCUCACGAACCCCGAAGGUAGGAAGAAGGGGAGAUAUGUGGCCGCGAUAGGCAGUUAUAAACCGCACAUGGUGGAAAUCCAUCCAGAUAUCCUGCGGCAGAAUGUAAAAGGCGAACACGGACAUCAUCACCACCGACACGUGCGACAAGGCGGCGCGAUCAUCGUGGACAGCGUGGAUGCGUGUCUGAAGGAAGCCGGGGAGAUUAUUCAAGCGGGGCUUGGGGGUCGCGAGAUUGUGGAAAUUGGUGAGCUAUUGAUGCUGAAGCGAGAUGCGGAGAGGCGACGGUUAGAAGCUAAAGGAGGGGAUGGGAGUCGUAGCGGUGAUGAGGGACUGGGACUGGAUGGAAGUGGGGUUGAGUUGGGAGAGGCGAAGAGGGUUAAGGGUACAGAUAAACAGGUGCAGGAUGCUGAGAAGGGGCUUAUGGAGUGGUUGCAAAAGGGGAACGUGAUUUAUAAGUCUGUGGGGUUGGGAUUGAUGGAUGUUGUUGUGGGCACGGAUUUGGUGCGGCUGGCAGAUGAUAGGGGAAUCGGCACCAGGAUUGAGAAUUUUUGAGGCGGGAUAGAUGGGUAUAGUGUCGCGGGGCUAUGGGUUGUAGUAUAGGAGGGUAUUUGCGUAUUGGUUUCGACGAGCCCAUCUUGACGACCACGUCCUUUCAAGGUCGACCAGAGCUCGAAAAUAAUAGAUCACAUCAAAU